AUUACUUUUUUUUUUCCUUAGACAGUUUGGCUUUUUUCUCCUUUUUUAUUUUCAUUGUAAACAUUUCAUUAAUUCUAGAAUGGCAGCAACGUGUUGUUGUAUUAUUCCCGCCCGAGGUGGUGUUGUUAUCAGUGGUUUAUUGAUUCUGGUUGUUUCUGUUGCACUUCUCGGUGCUACUUUUGCACACAAGAAUCCUAUGGUGAUUCAUCUUUCGAUUAUCCAUGCAGCCCUUCCAUGGGUCUAUCUUGGCUUUAACAUUGCUGCAGCAGUUGUUGCACUCUUUAUGAUGGUAUCCGGCUCUCUUGCUAAACUUAGUUUGAUGAGAACAUCGAAAUUUUUAAUAUGGAUUCUUGUGUUUUUCAUGUCAAUUUGGGAAGCGAUUUCUUUUGUCUUGGCAUUGACAAAUCGAGCCAAAUCUUUAGCUGCUUGUGAAGAGGCCAAUCCUACUUCUGCAGCCAGCAACGGCACAGUUACGAACGAUAACAGUACACUCUCUUUAGGUGGAUACACCGCCACUUAUCUUGGUAUGCAAAUGGGAGACACUUACGGCUUAGCUAAUUGUGCACAAGCAGUACAGGCUGAUGUCAUUGGCAGUGCUGUCAUGUUAUUUGUGGGACAAUUAUUUAUGUUUUAUGCCGCCACUGUAGUAGGAUCAUACACCGCCAAAUUGAGAGAAAAGAAAUUAGGUCAUCGAUUACGUGAUUUGGAAUGGGAUGAUAAUCUCGAUGAACUUGCCUCGAGCUACCGGGCUGAUGCACGUAACGCACCCAAAUACCCUCUUCAAGACAUGAAAAAAAAGAAGAGUUUCUUAAAGAAUCCCUUCAGUAAAAAAUAACUUGUAUCAUUUUUCCCUCCCAUAUUCUCUUUUGUCUAUAAAUCAAAUAAACCCUUCAUAUCUUUUUUUUUUUUUCUUUUUCCAGUUUUAUUCCGCUACAAAAAAAAUAAAAAAAAAAGGUUUUACUUAGAACUUCAUGUUGUGAGGGAAUUGUCCCUUUUGAAGACCAAAGGUUUGACCAAGAUAUUGACGGAGGAAAGGAG